AUGUUAAUUAAUGGAAACCCGUUACUUAAGGUACUUGGAGGUGGCCCCCUAAAUGUUCAAGACCAAUGGGAAUCAAAAUGGUCUAUUUUGCUGUCUAAUAAUCCAUGGGACUGCUGUACGGCUUUAUCAUUAAAGAGAUGGUUAAACUCUCACCAAUCAAUCAUACCCAAUUUGGUAGACAUUCACUGCAUGCGAGGCAAUUUGACCGAGUUGGUUCCUUUAUUCGAAAUCAGUGAUUCGAACUUAACAUGCAUUCCAGAGCCGCCAAUACCAUUCCAGCAGACUUCGUACUUCCAUGCAAUUAUAGGAGUACUUGUUGUUGUAUCUCUCAUCCUCACAACUGCAUUACUUUUUAAACGAUUUGAAUCACUUAUAAAACUAAAGUUCUUUAUCUGGUUUGGUUGGCGAUUCGACAGGAUAGACAACAGUAAUAAACAAUAUGACGCAUUAUUGUCAUACAGUGGGCUCAAUGGUGAUUGGGUGCGUGAUGAGUUGCUGAUAAAACUUGAGGAAGCUGGGUAUAAGCUCUGUUUACACGAACGUGACUUCAGAGCUGGGGAACCUAUCAUGGACAACAUAAAUAAUGCCAUAGACAACAGCAAAAGGACAAUUAUUGUUCUGUCGAAUGAGUUUCUACAAAGUGGAUACGCGUUAUAUGAGUUUUUAAGGUCAUACGAUGAUUGGGUCAGAGGUGAACGAGAUCCUGUCAUCUUAGUGCUGUAUGAUUCGCUGGAUACUUUAGACGAAGAUGACUUAGCAAAACAUCCUUCUUUAAAGUUGUAUUUAUCUACAAGAACAUAUCUUGCGAGAAAUAAUAAAUAUUUCUGGGAAAAUAUUAUUCUCGCAAUGCCCCGCCCGGCGACGAAGGCAACGAGAUCCAGACAAUAAUGGUAACGAUGGUUUGAUGCUGGCUUGAAAACUGAGUCUUUAUCUAGUUUGGUUGGCGAUUUGUAUUGGGUUCGAAUUGACAAUCCGAUACUAAAAUAAAUGGCGGCUCAUCUUACCUAGACUGGCUAGUAUGUUGUUCCAUAAUCAGAUCUAUAAUUAUAUUGUAGUUUUUUCUUUAAUUAAUGCUUAUAUCUUGUUUUACUGAC